CGGCGACUCCACCUGGCUUGCGUCCUCCCGUUUUCCAGCCAGCAAGCCAGACUCCUCCCCUCUCCGAAGACUCCGAUCGUCCGGAUUCAUCCAGAUCCGGGCGUUCUGAGUCCUGCCGAGGCUCUAGAUCGCGUCGCGCACGAUGCCACGCGACCUGUCGCGGUCGCGGUCUCCGCCGCGCCGACGUUGGCGGUCGCCGUCUCCCGCGCGGUACCGCGGCCGGAGGGGGCGCAGGGACCGAAGCCCCAGUCCCAUCCGUAGCAGGUCCCCCUAUCGCUCCUCGUAUAGAAGGAGGAGCCCUUUGCCUUCCCCAAGAAGGCACAAGAGCCGUUCUCCGUCUCCUAGGAGGCGCAAGAGUCCGUCUCCAUCACAAAAGCGUUACAGAAGAAAGAGAAGUCCGAGUGUCACUAGCUCUCCAGUCGCUGCAUCUCAGAGUUCCCACCUUGGGUUGGCAGAGAAUAAGAAUGUUAUUGAUACACAAAGGCUAGAAGAAGAAAAGAAAAGGCGCCAAAAGGAAGUUGAACUGAGACUAUUAGAGAAGGAGACGGCAAAAAGAGUUGAACAAGCUAUUAGGAGGAAGGUUGAGGAGAGUCUAAAUUGUGAUGAAAUCAAACAUGAAAUACAUCGUCGAAUUGAGGAAGGACGAAAGAGGAUACAUGAGGAGGUAGCAAUCCAGAUUGAGAAGGAAAAGGAUGCAGCUUUAAAUGAAGCCAAGCUGAAAGUGGAACAAGAAAAAAAGAAGCGGGAGGAGCUAGAGAAAAAACUUGAAGAAGAACGAAAGAAAGCUGAAGAGGCGUUGAUGAAAGAAGCGUUGGAACAGCAGCAGAAAGAGCUAGAGCGGUACCAGGAGUUGGAGAGGCUUCAGAAAGAAAGAGAGGAGGCCAUGAAACGGAAAAAAAUGGAGGAAGAGCAGCAGAGGCAAAACCAGAUGAAGCUGCUGGGCAAGAACAAGUCGCGGCCUAAGCUGUCGUUUGCUUUUGGGAUGAAGUAGCGUUCGAUUCACCGAACGAAAUUAGUGCUUUAGUAUACUGUAACCGUGUAGUGUAGUACCUCUGUAUGAAACUGCCCAUUUCUAACUCUGGCAGACAAAUUGCGAUGUCAUAAAUGCUCCUGAUCUGCUUCGUAAGUUGCCGGCUCUUGGUGGAUGUGGUUUCAUCU